AUGCAUGACCAUGUUCUUCGAAAAUACAACCUUCCGUUGAACAAUUACCAUCGUUAUGGUCUUCAGUUUAAUAUCAAGAAUUAUUAUUCUCAACUCUUAUUUAUUUUACUUGUUGGUGACGUUGCCACAAAUCCAGGGCCUUCAAAACCUGUUAAAUGUGUCAGUUUGAACGCUCGUAGUUUAAAAAAUUCACACAAUAUUGAUAACAAUAACCUUAAAGUCCUUUAUCUAAAUGCCAGAAGCAUAAAGUCAUUUAUAGCAAUUGGGAACAAUCCUUCUAAAAAAGUUUGCAAAAUCACUUUGCUUCAAGAAUUGGUUUCCACGGGCGAUUAUGAAGUUAUCUGUAUUUGCGAGACAUGGUUAAACAAAACAGUCCUUGACUCUGAACUUCUUCCAGGCUUCAAUACCUUCCGGAGAGAUAGAAAUGGAAAGAUCGGAGGUGGUGUGCUAAUCGCAGUUAAAGAAGGAUUACAAGCUACUCGGCGUUGUGAUUUAGAAAGAGAUGGUGCUGAAUUUGUGGUCGUUCAACUCAAUAAAGUAAACAAUUCAUCCAUAAUUCUCUACACGUAUUAUCGUAAGAUAGGAGAGAUCUUAUGCAAAGACCGUUUGUUGGCCGUUAACCUUCUGCCGCUAUCUUACGAUGGAGAGGUAAAGGACUUAACACUCUUUUUUAAAGCUAUGUACGGAUAUUAUGAUUUGAAUGUUUGUGAUUAUGUCUCAUUCGUAAGUCACAGCCGUACCCAUAAUUGUGUAAAUUCGAGCCUAAUGCUCAAAGUACCUUUGUGCAAAACAAGUACAUUCCAGUCAUUGUACUUUAAUCGUAUAUCGUCCCCCUUUGGAACCAUAUGUGUAGAACUGCUAAACCUUCAGACUUGAGUAGCCUAACUAAGUUCAGAUCGUUUUUAUUAAGAACAUACUUACAUUUAUUAAUCUCUUGUUACGUAGACAUGGUCUGUACAUGGUCACUACAUCAAACUUGCUCAUGUCAUAGAGUUUAACGUGUGAGAUAAACAAUAUGCUAUUGCUUGAUUACUUAAAUUCUAUAUUUAAUUGUUCCGUACAUCAUUUCCAACAUGGGCUCCACCUUUGAAUUUGCUAUAUGAGUGGAUUCUUGGGUGCGUCCGGGUUUGUCAUUGUGAUGGGUUUGCGGCGCAUUUUGAAUUUAUCUAUAGAGUUGAUCAUAAAACCACAAGCAUCAGACGAGACUUCUUGUUAUAAAUGUAAUGGCACUAAAAGGGAGACUUUCAACAAAAUAGAUUUUAAAAAAGAUUUAAAAAAACAACAAAAGUUUUAAUAUUUUCAAAAGUUAAAAAAGUUUAAAAAGUUAGGGUUAGUGGUUAGGGUUGGGGUUAGUGUUAAGUGCCGCGAAUAUAUUAUUAUGACAAACCCGAAAUGUGCCAUGGAUUUGACAUGGUGAUGAGUUUGGGCGUGUUUGCAUGGGAAUUUGCUCAUGUGGUGAAUUCGGGGGUGGAGCUCAUGCUGUCAUUUCAAAGUAUUAUUGCUAUCACUAAAUUUUUAAGCAUCAUAAAUCUUAGCUUUGAUUUUCGAGUUGGUGGCAUAUGUUUAUUUAUGACUGUAGUUAUGUAUACUUUAUUCUACAUGUAUUGUCUGUUGUUGUAUCUUUAAUAGGAGUGCCUCGCAUGGGACCUUGAGUCCCAUUUGCACUCCUACCGUUUGGUCACUAUCCAAUAAAGUAUUUAAAACAAAUUUAUAUAUCAAUAAAUAAAAAAAUAAUUCCUAAAAUUUAAUAUUUCUGUGAGUUCUGAAGUGAAGUGUCAUAAACCAAAAUAAACAUAUUACAGUACACAUUUCUGUCAUUUCCAACAUAUCUCCAUGAACAAGGACUGAACCCUUGGACCAUAGAUAUCUUAUAUACACUAUAUAGCGCAUCUCUUUUAGUAAAAAUGAAGCCAAGAAUAUUCCAGCGGUUACCCCCAUUUGAAUAGAUGGCGGCCAUGUUGGUCGUUCCCACUUGCUAAUAAAUUCUUAAAAACAACAAUAACUUUCAUCAUUUGAAUAGUUUAAAAACGUAUUUGGAAUAGGGUUAACUUGAUGUUUAAGUUCCCUGCUUAAGAAAUAGAAAACAUACGAAUCUUCUCAUUUCAUGGGAACAACCUGAGACUGCAAUCACGGCUUCAAUUUUGAAUUGCAGAAUAAUUAGAUGCACUAUCUAGUGUAUAUAAGGUAUCUAUGCCUUGGACUAAAUGCAAAGUUCCUGUAAAAUGCGAAGUUCCUGUAAAAUGCAAUGAAAUUUCUUUCAAGUUUCUGUUUGUUUGAAUUGGUAGUUUAAAAUGGCACUAAAACCCCUAUAAAAUAUAACCAUAUAAAAUAUAAAAACCUUAACUGUCUUGAAAUAUAAAUCAUUGUCUAUAAAACAUUUUAUCACACCUCUUAAAAUGCAGUUAGGCGGUGAUGAGAAUCAAGCAAGUUAUUUUAUGCGGCCUAAGGCACCUCUGAUGCUUGACACUUACACAUUUUAAUUUUACAGAAUAUUUUCAGUUAUUGUCUUCUCAGUAUUCUCCAAUAUCAUAGUCAUCUGGCAUAGGUACUAUAUCACAAUAGUACCACCACAACUUGUCAGCCUCAACUGCCUUACUCAACCAUGAUUUGUUUGAUUUACUUUUUUGGUCUUAGCGACCAUUGGCCACUAAACCUUCCUCACUGACCUCACCUAUGGUAAACCUUCCUCAUGGGCAAUGCCAGCAUGCCCGCAGCUUUUUUUCCACUCUGGUUCGAGUUAGGUUCCUAGACAGAAAAGAAUUAUGGGCUCAUUCUCUAAAUUAUUUAGAAUAUGUCAACAUGUUUUUGCGGAAGAUUGCAGUUCAAUUAAUCUAUUUUUUAUGGUUGUGUAAAUGUAUUUUUGAGUUGGAUAACAGUUCACGAAAAUAUGAUAUUAAUGGGAAAAUUAACCCUAUUUUAGUAUAGCUAGUUUUACAGAUCGCGAGCGUCUACUUAAAUUUCGGUUUUGUGCUCGAAAUUUCAGUACAUGCCUGCUGUGUGUUCGCUUUUCAAGUAUUCUACAGUAAAGUUAGCUUGGCACUUAGGUGUCCACAUGUUAGAAAAUGAGUGUUUCGCAUUGUAAUAGUGCUCGAAUAUUUUUUAGGUGAACUACCACCAGCAAAAAUCAUUGAUUGUCUUCAAAAGGAAUGACCAGAGCUAUCAUGUCUUCCAACAAAUUUUAGAAAUUUGCUUUCCCAAAGUUCCUCAAUUGACUGUGGAGCAUUGGUUGCAAAAAAGUGGAAGUAUGUUUGAAGAAUGUACAGCGCCAGUUGUCACAGCGCCAGCAAAGUCACCGUCUCGGGACUAAACUGGUCUGUGUCAUAAUAAGACAUCAACGUUCAUGUUCCAACAUCUUUUAGACACAAUCAAAAGCUUGCAGGAGAAAGUCUACUCGUAUUGAGGUUCUCCCAGACAUACACAAAUCCUACAUGACUUUGUUCUGAUCUCCUUGUACAUUACGAGCAUGUGUGGACGUUCAAAAGAGAUACAUACCUUGCAACUGUUUAACGAAUGCGUGGAAGGAAAAGAAUUUCAUAUUAAUUGGAAAACUAAGUGCAAUGUAUUCGUUGUAUCUGCUGAUGAAGGCAAUUUUGUGCUCGAAAUUUCAGUACAUGCCUGCUGUUUGUUCACUUCUCAACUAUUCUACAGUAAAGUUAGCUUGGCACUUAGGUGUCCACAUGUUAGAAAAUGGGUGUUUCGCAUUGUAAUAGUGCUUGAAUAUUUUUUAGGUGAACUACCACCAGCAAAAUCAUUGAUUGUCUUCAAAAGGAAUGAUCAGAGCUAUGAUCAUGACUAUGGAGCGUUGGUUGCAAAAAAUUGGAACAUCUACCAUCAGAACAAAUUCAUUGGAAUGUUAGCAUUUGAAUGCGCUUGGACAAAUGCCAUACAUAUUUCUGAUUUCAGCGGAUAA